AGUAGUGUAGUAAAGUAUACAAAUUGUUUAACUAUAGACUAAUAAAGUAAAGUUUAGGUUAGAUGAUAACUACUUCUUCACAUUCCAUGAAGAUAUGAUUCUGAUAACGUUAUUUCAUUAGCUUAUGACUGUCUCUGCGUCUUUAAGAAGUAGGCCUAUCAAAGUCCAGUGUGAGUCCCAAAAUAGCUGAACAUGAGUGUGAACCGACGACUUCUCACAGCUGCUGUGUCCAGCUUACUUGUCGAGUUGGGAUUCGAAUCUGCAGAAAACCAGGCUUUGGAGACAUUAGUUGAGAUGAUGCAAAGCUUUUUACGAGAAGUUGGGAUUGGAUGUCGGAUGUAUGCAGAGGUUGCUGGUAGGACUGAAACAAUGGUGGCAGAUGUUAUAUUGUCUCUGGUGAACAUGGGAGUGAACCUAAAUGGUAUCGAGGCGCAUGCAAAGCGUCCCAAUCACACAAUGUUACCGACACCGAUGCCGUCCUCACAGCCCAAACAACUGAGCAUUCUGCAGGCUGGAGUGAAGAAGGAUCAUCCGAUGCACAUCCCGACCAAUCUUCCUUCGUUUCCUGAUCCACAUGCCUACAUAAGAACUCCAACUCACAAACAACCUGUAACUGAAUAUGAAGCAAUUCGAGAAAAGGCAGCAUCUCAGAAAAGAGAUAUAGAACGAGCCCUUGUAAAAUUUGUUGCAAAAACUGGAGAAACGGAUAGUCUUUUUCUAACACCGGACAAUGUAUUUCCUUUGAUUGCUUGUAAACCACAAGUCCCUCCAUACUUGGUAGCGAUCCUUCCAAAAGAUCAGGUCUUUGAGUUUGACGAAGAAGAGUCCCGUAGUCCUCAGAGGAAGAAAGGGAAAGAUGUGAAAGAAGAGGAAGAAGAAGAGAGCAUGAAAGGAGAGUCGGAUCUGAUAGAUAAUCCCUACCUGAGACCAGUCAAGCUGCCUCCAAACAAACUCAAGAUAAAGGGCUUCACUCAAACCACCUCAUGAUAGGGUCUUUGUAGAUAAUAAAUACAAAUUCAUUAAUCCAUUUUGUAUGCAUUUUAUGCUGAUAAAACCAUUAUGAUGUACCAAUAAUUUGUUUUUAAAUUUUAAUUUUUAUAUAAGCAAAACAUGUAAUAUAAUUUUGUACAUAUUUAUUUGAAGC